GAUAAGAUAACUAAAGAUGCCAACUCAAUACCGCUACAUUCAAACUGUUGACACAGAAAGCUUCCCAUACAUAAUUGAGCAUAAUGUGUCUGUGCAUUUGGGAAACGAUGCAGUGGUCCGUUGCAAUGUCUAUAGGCCUAAGCCUACCACAACAGAAGCCAGAUACCCCGUGCUCGUAACAUACGGCCCCUAUGGCAAGGACGUUUCCUACCAGCAGUUCAAUCCUAAGAGUUUCUCAGAGGUACACCCAGAGCACCAAACAGAACAUUCUGCAUGGGAGACUCCAACACCACUCUUUUGGACCAGCCACGGAUAUGUCGUUGUACGAGCUGACGAAAUCGGUACUGGGCAAUCUCCCGGUGUCCUGCAUGUUAAAUCAGCAGCGUCAAUUGACGGCUUUUGCGAUGCCAUCGAAUGGGCUGCACAGCAACCCUGGUCCUCGGGAAAAGUCGGGCUCCUCGGGGUCAGCUACUAUGCCGCGACACAAUGGCAAGUCGCAGCUCGGCAUCCUAAAGGCUUAGCAGCCAUUGUACCAUGGGAAGGAUUCUCUGACGCCUAUAAUGAGUCCAUUCGGCACGGAGGUAUUCUAUCGAACAGAUUUUAUGACAUGUGGUACGCUCGUCAGGUCGCUCCGAACCAGUAUGGUUUGCCUGGGCGCGCUGCACGUAACUGGGGCCUCGACACUGUUGAAGGCGAUCUUCGAGCGGAUAAAUUAGCCGCCAACCGACACAAAGCAAGUUUGCAUGAACAGAGGUAUCGCGACAACAAACAUCUAGCGGCCCUUAACUUCAAUUUAGAAGACAUAACUGUGCCGAUUCUCAGCGUGGCCAAUCUCGGUGGGAACCUCCUACAUCUUCGGGGAAAUGUGAAUGGGUACCUGUGGGCGGGAUCGGAGUUCAAAUAUCUUCGAUUUAUCGUCGGGCGACAUGACCUACCCUUCUACUAUCCGGAGGAAGUUGAAAUUCAAAGAAGUUUCCUGGAUGCCUGGCUAAAAGGUGAAGAUCGAGCUGGAUGGAGCCGGAAGGGAGCCGUCCCUAAAGUUGACCUGAUUCUUCGCCGAGGAAAUGCUGGAUACAAUGAUCCUGUCGCAGAAAAAUCUUUGUUGCGGCGAAAGGAAUAUGAAUGGCCAUUGGCUAGGACAGAGUACACGCCUUUCUAUCUAACUGUGGAGCAGGGGCUGGAGUCUGUUCGACCGAGCCAGGGACUUCCUAGCAAGCUGACAUACAGAGCCCCGGGCAAAGGGCGAGCCACGGAUAUUCUGAAUUUUACAUCACUCCCCCUUGACUCGGAAACAGAGAUCACUGGCCAUAUCGUGGCUCAUCUCAAUGUCUCAAUCAGCAGAGAUCGUUGGGGAGACUCUCCCUCUGACCUGGAUUUAUUCGUCACCCUCCGUCAUAUCUCGUCUUCUGGUGAAGAAAUACACUAUACCGGGUCUACAGGAGAGCCAGUUCCUUUGACGAGGGGGUGGCUCCGUGUAUCUCUUCGCAAAACCAAUCCUGAGCAUCCACGUCACCGACCUUGGCUACCAUAUCGAGAUUUCUAUUCCACAGAUGUUCUCCCUGUAAUUCCCAAUGAGGUAUACCCUGUUGAUGUGGAGAUCUGGCCAACAAGCGUCGUUGUUGGACGCGGCGCUCGCUUGGUGCUGGAGGUAAGCUCCGGAGAUACUCCAGGGACAGGAUUCUGGGGCCAUGAUGACCCUGUUGACAGGUCCGAGUCUGUCUUCAAAGGCCAAAACUGCAUUCACUUCGGGCCGGAUUAUGUCAACUACAUCACUUUGCCCAUCAUCCCCCAGCAAUGAUAGACCGAUUGACACAGUUCACACGAGAGAAAAUGAUCGUGACAUGGUUUUCUGUAAUGAUAAGGG